AUGAUCCUCACACUUGACGCACCGUCGCCCUCGCAUCCCCCGUUUCCCCGUCGCCCUUGCCCUCCCAACGCCCUUACCCCGGUCCCCUCUCGUCGAUUUCUUGUCAACGUCGUGGGGCCACAUUCCGACGCUUCGUACACCACUCCGCGCUCCUCUCCCCUCACGGCGCGCGCUCCUCUCGCCUCCCCGCGCGCGCUCCUCUCGCCUCCCCGCGCGCGCUCCUCUCGCCUCCCCGCGCGCGCUUCUCUCGCCUCCCCGCGCGCGCUUCUCACGCCUCCCCGCGCGCGCUUCUCUCGCCUCCCCGCGCGCGCUCCUCUCGCCUCCCCGCGCGCGCUCCUUUCGCCUCCAGCGCCGCAUCUUCCCACCUCCCCACGCGCGCUUCUCUUGCCUCCCCGCGCGGCCUCCUCUCACCAUCGCCAGCGUGCUCCGCUCGCCAUGGCCUCGCGUGCUCCUUUCGCCUUGAUAGCGCGCGAUUCUGUCGCCUCCCCGCGUGGCCUCCUCUCACCAUCCCGCGCGUGCUCCUCUCGCCUCCCCUCGCAUGAGAGGCGAGCCUUUAUAGCGCGCGCUUCACUUGCCUCCCUGCGCGGCCUCCUCUCACCUCCCCGCGCAUCCUCCUCUCGCCGCCUCACGCGUGCUUCUCUCGCCUCCCCGCGCGAACUCCUCUCGCCUCCCCUCGUGUGCACCUCUCACCCCCCCUCUACCGCCCCUCUUGCCUCCCCGUGCAGCCUCCUCUCACCUCCCUGCGCGUGCUCCACUCGCCUCCCCUCGCGUGGUCCUCUCACCUCACCUUGUGUGCUCCUCUCGCCCCCCCACGCGUGCUCCUCUCUCCUCAUCUUGCGUGCUCCUCUCGCCUCCCCACGCGUGCCCCUCUAA